GCAGUACGCCGCGCGCCGCCGCACAGGGCGCUUGUGUCACGUUACAUGUGCGUUAAGAACAAUUGUCUCGCAACUUAACCAUAUAAGUGCAUACCGACUCAUAACCCGUAUAUUUUCGGAGGAGUGCCACUAUUUAUACCGUGUAACGGAGCGAUAGUGCGCAUCCUGGCUCACGCUUCUUGCACGCGGGCUUGGGACAUCUGUGAAGGGAAAAAUAAAUAUAGAGAACCGAAACAAUAUAAGAACGCGGCGUCGGCGAGGCGCCCCCCUCCGCACGCUUACUGAUGACACAAUAAAUUGUGAUGCUGACACGAACAGGAUCCUAUAGGAAACUGCGUCCUAGAGGACGACGAAGGACGUUGUAACGCAAAAACUACUAGUUAUAUAAGUGCAAGUGCCUAAAUCGUUAACAAUGUUGGGGAACCGUCGUAACUUUAUCUUUAGAGUGAGUAUUGUCAUUAAUAUAGCCGUGUUGUUCUACGCGGCUAUGCACUUAUCUGGCAAUGGAGCCCCUGGAGUCGAAUGGGUUACGGUUGACGGAUCUGAAAGAAGCGCCGAAUUCCGGUACAUCAACAGAGAAGAUGUUCGAAACGAGACUGAAACGAGGCCGGUCGAUUCGAGUGUUAAAAACAUCGAAGAAUCCACGUCGCAGAAGACCCCCUCUACCAUGCCUACAACAAAUAAGACAGCAUCUAGCACUGCAUCCAUUGCCGAAUUGGAGAAGAAAAUUCUUAGUGUAGUGCCAUCGGAACCAGAUACAACGAAUGAAACAAUACUCGAUAUAGUUGAUGAAAAUGGCUUAACGGAUGCAACACUGGCGCGCCUUCGGACGCUUCUCGGGUGCAACGAAAAAGAUUUCCUUCCUCAGACCAUACAAAAAGGGGACUUCUGGGUAUUAAAGAAUUUUGUGCGUGCUGACCAUGGCAUUAUUCUAUGUCACGAAACAAUCACCUAUACUACACACGCUGGCUUUGAGUUCCUGGAUAACGUUCAACCUCUAGUUGAAAGAUGGAUGGCUCCAGUGAGUUUGGCGAUUCAUGCCCCCGGUGCUGAUUUAGCUCCUACUGUGAACAGCAUUCGCUACCUCCGCGACUGCCUUGGCAACGAUCUCAUCCGUCAAUACGUCACGUUUCAUGUUUUCUUCUCAAACAAACACAUACCCAGCAAGAUUCCUGAUCCCGAAACCUUUCUUCUGACACCAUACAACUGCACAACCCAGCCGCCAUACUACGUCAACGCAUCCACAACUUACAUGAAGACCAAAAACCUACUAUACCCAGUUAAUGUUGCAAGGAACAUAGCUCGGGACUCUGCCUUGACACACUUCAUUCUCCCAUCAGACAUAGAAUUGUAUCCAAGCCCGAAUCUCAUUCCCCGAUUUCUCAAUAUGAUCGCCAGAAACGCUAAACCUUUAAACACUUCCACUAAACCAAGAGUCUUCCCUAUAAGCAUAUUUGAAGUUGACGCAAAAGUUCAAGUCCCCUCUACUAAAACCGAAUUACAGGCGAUGCUGGCGAAAAAGACGGCGAUACCAUUCCAUAAAUACGUGUGCCCCAAUUGCCAUAACAUACCACAAGGCCAACAAUGGAUGAACGCACCUGAAACUAACCAAAUGGACGUAUUUCACGUGGGAAAGCGUCGAGGCAAGUAUGUACACUGGGAACCGAUCUUCAUCGGCACCCACCAAGAUCCCUACUACGACGAGCGACUUAGCUGGGAAGGCAAGAAAGAUAAAAUGACUCAGGGUUAUGUCCUCUGCGUUAAGGAUUACGACUUCAUGAUAUUAAACAACGCCUUCCUCACCCACAAGCCCGGCAUCAAGCACUACGUGAAGAAUCCUAAGAGAGACGCCAUCGCCGGUCGACAGUCUGCUUUCGUCAAAAACGUUAUCAUGCCUGAACUUAAAAAAUUAUACGGCAACAGAAAUGGAUGUGCGCUGUGACCAAUGUACAGACUAAAAAUACACACGCACAAAAAAUGACGCGCUAAUAAAAUAAAAAAAACCUGCGUAGCGUUGACGUGCCUUAGUGCCAUCAUGUCCUGACUUCAAGAAAAACUACAGACAAACGAAACAUAUCAUAUUGUAAUUUUUAAGUAAUAUGUAUUUGCUUAAACAUAUACCCAUUAGUGUAAGCUCCUAAGAUUUUUUAUCCAUUGUAUCUUAUACGCGAUUUACACACGUAAUAAGUGCCUGAUGUAGUGACAAACAAAUACAAAAUGACCAAUAACUUGACUUCCUGAUAUCAAACUUAUGCGAAAGACCCGUCUAAUACUAAAACAGUUCUGUCCAGACUUUUCAUGUUAUAUGUACAACAUAUACAUAAGGAUGAAUCUCUACUUACCAUUAAGUCGAACUUAAUUAGAAUGAUAUUAUUUAAAUUUAAUUUUAAACAAAUGCAAUUUUUAUCUGUUUUGGGACGAAAAAUAGUUUCUAAUUCAUAUCAGACAUUUUUGUUAGUUUCUACAAUUGUAAAUAUUUCCCUAUGGUGGGGUGAUGACAAAAAUCCAUUUACACGUUUCACGUUAAGAAAAUAUCUUGAUCUUCACUUUAAGUGUUUCUUAACAGAAAUCGAUUGUUGUCAUCGUUCUCAUAGAAUAUCGAAAUCAUUUAUUUAAGUAAGUGUAUUAUUUAAGUUAUCAAGUAUUUGAAUAAUUUUAAAUCGUAAUUAAAAUAAUAGACUUCAAUAUAAUGUGAUGAUUGUAAGUUUGAUAAUUAUAAUUAUGUACGCUUAAAUUAUAUUAUUAUGUAUUUAAAAUGAUUUUUAAAAGCUCAUGUCCUAUUUUGCAUUUUGCCUCCCUUAUUAUGUAUAUCAUGAUAUAUUGUAAGCGUA